UCCAAUCAAUAAUUUUUUUGGCAUUUCCCUCCAAUCUAAUAAAUUUGUUUCGCGCGAAAACAAAGUGCCAAAAAAACUUUCAUUUUCCUCUCUCUGUGCCAUGAAUAUAUUUUGUUUCCUUCACUUUCAGACCCAUAUUCGAAAACCCUUAAACCCCAAACACAGAAACCCCAAUGGAGAGACCCAUACUCGGAAACCCUUAAACCCCAAACACAGAAACCCCAAUGGAGAGACCCAUACUCGGAAACCCCCAAACCCCAAACGCAGAAACCCCAACGGAGAGACCCAAACCCAAACCUCAGUUAGCGCCAAAACCCCAAACGGAGAGACCCAAACCCACGGUAGAGCCAUCUGCGGUUCUUCCGAGCUCCAUCGGAUACGACUCCUCCCAUCUCCCUCUGCACUUGCACGACUGACUGUUAAGGGAUGAUUUUAGAAAGAAAUUCAUGAUAGCCAAUCUUUUGGAAAGACUAUUGGUGACGAGGGUGAGUACAAGGACAAGAAGAAGAAAGAUAUGUUGUUUGACAAUGAAUUUAGUGUUUUAUUUUAUUUGUAAUUUUUAUUAGACUAAAUGAUUCUUUUUUGAGGGGUUAAUUAUUUACAUUGUAAAUCUAGUUAUAUAUUUUUUAAGGUCAAGACGAUUAUGUUUAUAGAUAAGAUUAUGAUUUUUGAGUCAA